UAGCAUAUAAGCAUACCAUACAUUGCUAGAGACCCACAAGAAAUCGAGCGCUCUCAUUGGCCGUAUUACAUUGUGAUAACAUUAUACAAUUAUCAAUAUUCAAUGUUUUGAAAUUAUAUGUUUUUUUUUGAAACUAUAUUAUUUACGGUAUUAUUUACAAAAAAAUAAAAAUAUGAUUUAUCCAGCAUCAUUUAAACAUGAAAUUGUCAAAGAAGACGAUGUUAAUAUUAUUUUAAGGUGUGACGCAAAAUCUAUUCAGGAUAUUAAUGUAUGGGUUGCUGAGUUAGGUAGACUUAAUUAUAUACAUUGGAACGUUCGUUCGACUAUUCCAAAUGGGCAGCGAAUUAAGUGUUCCAAAAAGUUUGUUUGUCAACACAGUGCUUUUCAGAAGCCUAGUGCAUUAGCAAACCAAAAAGGCUUGUCCAAAAAUGCAGAGUGUCCAGCAAGCUUAAAAGCUGUUAUUAAACUGGACACAGUAUCUACGAGGAAGAAAGAUCCAUUUAUUAAGGUAUUCACAUUAUACAAUUAAGCUUAUAAUUAAUGUUUUUGUUUUUUUUGUUUAGCUUGUGAAUUAGUGAAUUCUUCCAGAUCAUCUCUGGUGAUAUAUUAUCCUAUUAUUAUUUAAAAUUUAUUGUGAGUAUAUCUUGUAAAUUCAUUUUUGUAAUGAGUUCUUUUUACAGGUUCCUAAUACCUAAUUGUUAUAUUUGUAAAAAAAAAUUAAUUCUACAUUUUUACAGAUUUGUCAAUGGGUAAUAAUACAAAAAGUUAAGUCGUUGUAAAGUUAAGCCAUAACACUUGCAAGCUCUUAAAACAUAAACAAUUUAAAUUAUGUCUGACUAAUAAAAAUAAAUAGUUUUUUUUCACAGGUUCCUAAUAAGUGUUAUAUUUGUAAAAUAAAAAUUAAUUCUACAUUUUUACAGAUUGGUCAAUGGGUAAUAAUACAAAAGUUAAGUCGUUGUAAAAUUAAUCCAUAACACUUGUAUGAUUUUAAAGUAUAAACAAUUUAUAAAAUAAAUGUAUUAAAUAAUUA